GUCUGACGUCACUCCUGGGUCUGGCUGUUUAUUGUUCCUUCUCAGCAGCGACAGAGAAAAAACAGGCUAACGGGCUGACAGCUACACCGCUCAACACACUUAAACGAAGGUGUUACGCUCCAGACAGCUGACUGCGUAAACAAAGACCAUGGCGUACGCGUACCUCUUCAAAUACAUCAUCAUCGGGGACACGGGUGUUGGUAAAUCAUGUCUAUUACUACAGUUCACAGACAAGCGGUUUCAACCUGUUCACGAUCUCACCAUUGGUGUGGAGUUUGGAGCACGGAUGAUCACUAUAGAUGGCAAACAGAUCAAACUGCAGAUCUGGGACACGGCUGGUCAGGAGUCCUUCCGUUCCAUCACCAGGUCUUACUACAGAGGAGCCGCUGGGGCACUGCUAGUCUAUGACAUCACAAGACGAGACACCUUCAACCACUUGACGACUUGGCUAGAGGAUGCCCGCCAACAUUCCAACUCUAACAUGGUCAUCAUGCUCAUUGGCAACAAAAGUGACCUAGAGUCCCGGAGAGAGGUGAAGAAAGAGGAAGGAGAAGCAUUUGCCAGAGAACAUGGGCUCAUAUUCAUGGAGACAUCAGCCAAGACUGCCUCUAAUGUAGAGGAGGCCUUCAUCAACACAGCCAAGGAGAUCUACGAGAAGAUCCAGGAAGGAGUGUUUGAUAUCAAUAAUGAGGCUAACGGCAUUAAGAUCGGUCCCCAGCACCCAACCACCAACUCAACACUGCCUGGAAGUCAGGGAGGACAACAGGCCGGAGGAGGCUGCUGCUGAAAACACUCCAAACCUCUUUGUCCUUUCAACUGCUCCCACACUUCUCCCUCCCUCUAUCUGCCCCGUGCCCUCUCCAACCACACUUUACGUUUCUACAGAACUGUCCAUGCGGCGUAACAGUUAACCUCUCUUCUCCCUCAUCCAUCCAUCUAUCCUGUCUGUGUUGUUCCUAUCUUCUUCCGGCUGAACACCAGUGAAGGUUUCAGCUUCAUGAGUUGGCGCUUUUACUCGGGCAGUUUCAGCUUCACACGCACAGUAACCGCUGAAAUCAUCGCGGCUCACUGUUGAGUUUUGCAAAAAUCGAUCAUUUCUUAGGACACACCUUUGUUGAAGUCAUAAGGCUGUUGUUAGGGGUGAGUCAGUGAGACUGUCGCUUUGUCCAGACAGACAUGAUGUGGGUGGAAACCUAACACCCUAUCAAGUGGCUGUUUCAAAUGAACCACACACUUGCUACUCGUGCACACACACACAGUGUGUGUUCAGGGAAAAUGACGCGUCAUGUUGGCAGCAGACAUGUUCCUACAUGAAGUCAUUUUUCUUGCAUGUGUGUGGAAGAGAUGUAGGUAUUCCUGUGAGGUCCCCCUGUGCCUGCUCUUCGUGUGUGCUGACGAUGUUUUUGUGCUUCUCUUUAUUUUCCCUUCAUGUUAUGUUCUUUUUGUUGACUUGCAGAUGAAAUGUAUUUAAUGGACACUACAAAUUGUGGCUUAAACGUGUUUUAAUUGUCUUGGGGAGAGAAUAAAAGACCAAAAUGUACAGCGUCAACAUGGGUCCUUUCUAGAGAAGGGAGGGGAGGUCUUUUCUGAGACGUAAUGGGAUGGUGAGAGUGGAGGCAGCCAUAAUGAAGUUAAGAUGCAAAGUUGAUUUUU